GCAGUGGGCUCUCCUUCCAGGGCUCCCAUCGCAGUGCGCCCGCCGCGACGGAGCGGAGCGGCGUCGGUCCGCAGCGGUCCUCCGCGUCUCCCGGGCUGCGGACGCACACCCUGCGGCAGGGCGAGCGCCGCCGGGCGCGGGCGGCGGCCGCGGCGGGUCCGGCAGCUUAGGUUGUCUUAUGAUGAAGCCUUUGCUAUGGCUAAGGACCCCUUGGAAGGCUUCCAUGAAGUAAACCUUGCUUCACCGACUUCUCCGGACCUUCUUGGCGUGUGUGACCCAGGAAGCCAAGAGCACACUACCUCCCCGAGUGUCAUCUACCGGCCACACCCUUCAUCUUUAUGCACUGCUCCCGUCCAGGCUAAUGCGUUAGAUGUCUCUAAUCUUCCUACACAACCCGUCUAUUCAUCCCCUAGGCGUUUCAACUGUGCGGAAAUACCUAAUAUCAGCAUUCAUGUUCCAGAGCCAGCACCAUCCCUUGCCUCUGGGGUGGCCACAGGGCUUACCAAGCUAACUGCGAGGAAGGACAGCUGUAACGCAGAGAGGGCGUUUCUGCAGGGUGCCGCCGUCACAGAGGCUCCCGCUGCCACGGAGGAUGUCUUUGGGUUGAGUACGGAUAGCCUGUCGCGGUUACGAAGCCCAUCUGUCCUGGAAGUUAGAGAAAAGGGCUACGAAAGGUUAAAAGAAGAACUUGCAAAAGCUCAGAGGGAAUUGAAGUUAAAAGAUGAAGAAUGUGAGAGACUUUCGAAAGUGCGAGAUCAACUUGGGCAGGAGUUGGAAGAACUCACAGCUAGUUUAUUUGAGGAAGCCCACAAGAUGGUGAGAGAGGCAAAUGUCAAGCAGGCUACCGCGGAAAAGCAGCUGAAGGAGGCGCAAGGGAAAAUCGAUGUGCUUCAAGCUGAGGUGGCCGCAUUGAAGACACUCGUGUUGUCCAGUUCUCCAACGUCACCUACACAGGAGCCUCUGGGGGCUGCAAAGACACCUUUUAAAAGGGGGCACACGAGGAAUAAGAGCACCAGCAGCGCCAUGAGUGGUAGUCAUCAGGACCUCAGUGUGAUACAGCCAAUUGUAAAAGACUGCAAAGAGGCCGAUUUAUCUCUGUAUAAUGAAUUCAGAUCUUGGAAGGAUGAGCCCACGAUGGACAGAAGAUGUCCUUUCUUAGACAAAAUCUAUAAAGAAGAUAUCUUUCCAUGUUUAACAUUCGCAAAAAGUGAGUUGGCUUCAGCUGUUCUGGAGGCUGUGGAGAACAACACUCUAAGCAUUGAACCAGUGGGAUUGCAGCCCAUUCGAUUUGUGAAAGCGUCUGCUGUAGAAUGUGGAGGGCCAAAAAAGUGUGCGCUCACUGGGCAGAGUAAGUCCUGCAAGCACAGAAUUAAACUAGGGGACUCAAGCAGCUGUUACUACAUCUCUCCAUUUUGCAGAUACCGGAUCACUUCAGUGUGUAACUUUUUUACAUACAUUCGAUAUAUUCAGCAGGGACUUGUGAAACAGCAGGAUGUUGACCAGAUGUUCUGGGAAGUCAUGCAGUUGAGAAAGGAGAUGUCGUUGGCAAAGCUGGGCUAUUUCAAAGAGGAGCUCUGAUGUGGGGGCCUGAGUGCUCUCAUCUGGACAGCUGAAGGAUGGCGGGACAUUUUUAUGGUUCUCAAUAUUUAUUUCCAAGGCGAGGGCCGAAGACAUCCCUCCUCUUGCACACGACACUGAGAAGUACUGUGAUUUUUGAGCUGUUCUUGCUUAUCCCUUAAUGGAACACACUACGAAGAUUGCAGGCGUGCUGGUGAUGGUAAUCCAACACUGCAGAUCAAAACCACCAAAUAAAUACCAGACUGAA